AUGAAGCCAGCACUGUUGUCUCUUUUUGUUUCACUUCUAUGGAUAUCACAAUCGCUGGCAUUUUCAGUUUCUCACCCAUCAGCGACGAUCCGAUCGAAGGCAUAUGCUGUUCCAGGAUCAUCCAAUAAUGAAGUUUUAGCAGACGACAACGAACAAUCCAAAGACCAAAACAGACGCACGCUCUUCUCUUUGGCAACUGCAACAACGCUGCUGAGCAACACGGGACUUUUGCUGUCGAACCCUCAACCAUCACUGGCAGUAUCCGAAGUCUUGAACACCAUGUUGACGAGACUCAGAAAUGUCCCGGUGUUUUGCAUUGUCAAUACGGAAGGAAUUCCCUACAUGAUUAUCAAAAAAGAGGAGAGAAUGGCAAAGGGAUUUGCCUUCACGUCCAUGGAAGGGGCCGUCAUUGUUUUGAGUGACGCGCAAAAGGCUGCCAAGGAAGGAGGUUAUGCUGACAUUUGGGCAGAUGCUACCAUUGUUACUGUGCCCGCUGAUAUUGCCAUCCGAUUGGGCUUGCAAAAGCGAGAACGAAUUCCUAGUCGAGGAAACACAAAUUUGGACUCGGUCGUGGAAAUCAUUCCUACCAACGAGAAUCGAGACGAUGGAUUGCGCAUUGAUAAGCGAGCGUUUAAAGAUCAAGGGAAAGUGCCCUUGUUCUAUGUAGAAGCCUUGAAGGCCAGUGAUGGAACCAUGCCCAUGUUUGUGCAGAAAUCGCGCCUUGUCGACACUUGGUUGGCACAGCAUCCAGGAGAAGCACUGCCACCCAUUCAAGCAAUUGAUAUCACAUAUAUCUUUGAAGCUGCAUUGAGGGGGUAUGAGCAAAAGAUUCCCAACGGGGGCAACGUUUCCUUUGUCGCUGAUCCAGAACAAGUUAAGAUUGCAAAUGAUCUCAGGAGCAAGGGAUUGAUCAUGUACAAGUUUGACAGGAUGAUUGUGUAA